UCGUACGCUUCCCCGAUUUCCUACCGCUAUGAUUGUUUACCCGAUUGGUCGAAUAGGCGUGUCUUUCCGGCCGCCGAGUCCGGCCCGUUCCGAAGCUUCGAUAAGACUCAUCCCGUAUGUAUAAGAUUCAUCGGUAACAAGGUGAUGAUAAGUAACAGCCGAUUGAGGAAAAAAUGACGAACGCGAUGAUUUUCGAAGGUGUACAGGUGCGCGUGAUACGCAGGAAAAUUCAAAGCACCGCUAAAAUAUCUCGCGGAAACCCCUUAAAACUCGAGCUUGCGCGGAAGUUUGAAAGGCGCGUCCGAUGCUCAGGUCGUCCGCACACCGGUGUAUUCGUCUGUGAGCUUUCGAAGGGGAUUCACGCGCGACCCCGACGUCGUAUUUCGCCGCAGCCGCUGGGAUCCUUUGCCCUUUAACGAAACCUGGGGCGUGACGCGUUAAAAUGUGAUAUAGACCCCGACAGUCGGCGCAACGAGGAGGAUUUUGGUUUUUUUGUGUGUGUCGUGAGAGUGUUGGGAAGCUCUGAGUUUGUACGGUAGGACGUACGGUGAGAGAUCGGGGGGGGUCAGUAAGACAUUCCGAUGGCUUGAAGAGGGUGCCGCGGGCUGAGCUUUCGUUUCGUCGUCACCGCGAGAAGGCGAUACGCACGUAUCAGGAUGCACGGGGUGGGCUUGCACUCGGCGCUGGCGAUCAAACGUCAGCGCAAGCGUCGGGAAGAACAACGUCGCGCACGCGAGCGUCGUUACAGCGCACAGAGCGGUGAAAGCGGUUUGACAUCACCCCGAGCAUCGACGGGAUCACUGGAUCACCAUACCCGUCACCACCACGCGCCCCACGUCCACCGUUCGGCGGGCGAGGGGGUCCUAGACUCGAAGGUGGUCACCUCCAUCGGAAUGCUGCACAUCGGUGUCGUAUUCCUCGUACUGGGUGGUUUUUUAUUAGCUAGCGGAUUGCUACCCGGCGACUUUGCUAGUUGGGGUACGAAGGCGUCGAGCGGAUGGUGGAACGAGCUAGUCGCCACGGGGAUAUUCGCCAUAGUUACCGGGAUAUUUUUGAUAAUAUUAAACAAAAUAAUAGCGAAGAAGGAGGAGGACGAUCUCGAGGAGUACGUGCAGAGGCAGCUGACCAGAUCGAGGUCCGGGCACAGGCUAGAGAGGGACGUGGAAACCGGCGGCCUCACCACGCGCCACGCCAGACGGGCGAAACAAAUGAAAGCGAUGGCCUCCUCGGGGACCCUGUCGAUGGAGGAGGACCCCAGUCUCGGUUCCUCGCCGCCGAGGAGUCCCCCGCCGGCUUACUCACCCCCGCCGGUUAACACCGCGGACGUUCAGCCCCAACCGCCUCACCUCUUAGAGCAAAUUACCGAAGAAGAAAUCGCCAGCGAUAGAAUCGAGACGUCUACAACCGCGAGCGUUAGCCCCGGAUCUCCUGGCGAAACUCGCGAACUCGCCAAUCCGAAUUAUUAUAAUUCCAACGGGAAUCACCCUCAAUCGCACAGGCCCCUUUACGUCCAUGUUUCGAGAAUUUAAGGAUAUUAACAAUCACGCGCUUACUUUUUAGCGGGUUCACGUUUUAUUCUUUCGACGAAAUUUGCGGAUAAAAAUUACUCUACAACCCACUCGACGACUCUUCCUAUCAUAUUUCUACCGAUGGACGCAGAUAUCGUAUAACAGAUGUUGUAAAAUCGAUGUUUCGUAUACCUACGACUGCGAUUACCACAUCGUAUUCGCGAAUAUAUUCGCGACAAACAGAACCGUCGGAAUUCGGGGAAGAUUUUUUAUAGGAAUCAUCCGCUACUCCGUGAAAUCGUGUUUAAAAUCCUCCACGACUUCGAGUCUGACGAUGAGUCGAAUGAAUCGUGAUGAUAAAUUUGUAAAUGGUCAACUACGAUGAUAAUAAUAUUGUACCACGUGCACGAGCAUAUUAUCAUUUCUUCGUCCACUGCAGGAGCUUCUCAAAGAUAUCACAAACUCAAUGGAAUAAUAUAGUUGAUAAGCAUAACGACCGUGAAAUAAGAAAAUUAAAAAAAAAUGGAGAACUACGGUACGGGGGAGCGAUGAACUAAAACAAGAAGAAAGUACGUUCUUAAUAGCGCGAAUUCAACAAAUGGACGUUUAUAAUUUCGUAGCAUCUUUUGAAUAUAUAAUUCAGUUAAAUGUUAGGUGUCCAAUUUCCAUCGGCUAAGAACUUUCUAAACUUUUCUAGCAUUCCAACUAACAAUGAAUAAUCGAUAUUAUAUCAUGAAUUAUAUGUAUAGCCAUACAGCGAAACGUAUUUAUGUACUUCAACGAAGCUAAUGGAAAAUUAAUUCAUCAGAAGUUAUAUAUUUAAUUCUCAACUGUCGCACAUUAUGUGUAAGUACGUGUAUAUAAUUAGGUAUAACAUGCGCGACUUUAUCGUCCGAAAUAUCAGAAUUCCAAUGAGUUUAAUGAAACAAAACGAAGAAAAUAUAACUCACAUUCCAUCGUGUUACCAUUUUUAAUAUUUAGAUGUGCAAUAUCCAGCUCCGCUGCAGCUUGGCAGAAUUUCAUGUUUCGUUAGUUUUUUUCAGUCCGUAUUCUUUUUUAAAUUUUUCGAAUUUCCACCCUAAGGGUCGAUAUCGCGGGGGAUCAAAUUACGGUGACGAAUUGGCCUGGGAAUAUCAAUACAUGUAUAUUACAAUAUGUCCUUUGACAUGAAUUUCGCGAUUGGGGAAAAAAUCAAAAGUCGAACAGACAAGAGAAGAAGAAAAGUGGGGAGAGUGAACGCAUUAGAGCGGGGGACAAAAAAAGUUCAACUCUUACUCCGAAUUUGAAGUAAGGGAAAUCGAGAGUAUAAGAGAUCAAGGAAAUGAGAAAGAGAAAAUUUAACGGGAUAAAAUGAGAUUUGUAGGAAUUGAAUAAAUCGAGGAGAGUGGAUUGAGAUUUGUUCAGCUACAUAAUAUAUAAGGACCAAAGUAAUUUGAGGAUUUAAAUAAAUUGUUCAAAUAAAUAUCGUAAUGUAUGAUAAAAUUCUUGAAUCGAUCGUUUUGCAAAAAGCAGCGUAACGCAUAAUGGAUUUCAUACAUUAUAAAAAUAAAUAGAAAAGAAAGAAAAUUGAAUCGCUAAAUUAAUCGAUUGAAAAUUUUCUAAAUCAAAUACCUACUCCAUUAUAUAGUGUACCUAAAUUAAAUCUAGACAAAUGCGUACGCAUAAUAUACAUAUACAUAGUUAUUAAUAAAUCAAUAGACAGGUUGCCAAAACCCAGACUUACUCAUAUUUCUUAUAAUACGCUUAUAAUAAUAAUAUUUAUAAUAAUAAUAGGCUGCAAGGAUCCGCAAAUUAACAAUAAGAUCGAUUCGAAUAACGAUCGAAGUUUAUCAAAUGACAAACCAUCAUAAUACCAUAAGUCUACUUGAAUUAAAUUAUUGAUAUUGAUAAUGAUUAGCCGCGUACAAAAUCUAUCUUAUGUACGGUACAUUCAUCGAUUCGUAACGUGAUUAUUUUGCCAUUCUUGUUUUCUAUUCUCAUUUUUCUAAUCGCCUUGGAAUUACGACGAUGAUAUUAUCACACCAGGACAUAAUCUCGCUGACUCUGCAUGUUACGUAAUUAUAAAUAUAUUUGUAUAAUUUAUUCUCUACCUCAGAUAAAAAACAAAAAAAAAAAACUAUUCUUAAACUUCAACUGAUAUAUUGAGUACCUGUUAUUGAAAUUUGUUGGUUAAAAUAAUCCUUGAAACGCAUUGAUAAUCGUUGCAUCAAUUAUUUACAAUUAAAUACUACUCCGAUGAAAGAAAAAAGAAAAUGAAAAUAUCUAAUCUUUCACAUUCCACUGUUUGAGAUUCAACGGCUUUAUUCCUUCUUCGCCCUAAAUCUUUUCAAAUCACGAUCGAUCUCCGCUCUACUUUUUGGGGCACGUGAGAGCAGCUGCUAUACUUUAAAUUCUAUAUGAUGAUUGAUAUCAAAUGAUUGCUAGAUUUUCAAACUAGUUUGUAUUUGAAUAACUUGUAUAUUAUAUACAUAUAAUUAAUUUUGUAUAACAAUCUUAUUAUUAUACAUAUAUAGCAAAUUAAAUCUCUGAACAAAAGUACUACACUAAUAAAUACUUUAUAUAAAAUGCUAGCUGUAUGAUAAAAAAAUAUUGUGUAUAAGUGAAGUUUUCAAAAACGCUGUAUCAAAAAAAAAAGAAAAAGAAAAACCUCAUAUAUAAAGAAAUAUCAAAAAUUACUGAAGUAUGUACACAUAAUUUACGGGCGAACACGUUAAAAAGAAAGGACGAUGUACGAACGUCAAGAUGGCGCGGUUAUAGAAUGUAUUUUUUCGAAAAAUGAUCCAAGACUCUACACGCUGUUGAUUAUAUCCUUUCGAAGCAUUAUUGCAAUUUGAAAAAUACUAAAAAAAAUUAUACGUAUAAUUAGACCAUUUUUGAAACUCAUCAUAUCAAAGGACCAUGAUCACUUUAAAUUCCCCCGAUAUCCAUCCAACACAUCUAUAUGUAUAUAUUAAUAUUAACAUAUAAUAAUUCGAUCGCCUAUUUUUUCACACUGUAUAAAAAGAAAAAAGCGUUUUUGAGGAUUUCCAAAUUGCGAUGCUCGGGCGCUACAAUUCUGUGAUCUACACAAACAAAAUAAUACACACCCUCUUUGAACAAAACUCAUAUUACGAAACAAAAGGAGAUAAAAAAAAAUACUUCAAGCAUCUUUUCACCUACCUAUCAUAUUGAAUCGCACUAAUGUUAUCGAUUUUUUGCAUUCUCAUUCGUAUUAAUAUUAUUGUCAUUAUUUUGUCUAUUUUCAUCAAACGUUAAACGCCCUUAUUCGAAUAGAUGUGAUAUUUUUUUUACAAAAAAAAGAGAAUAGAUAAUUUGAGUUCACUGAUAUUCAGAGGCACGAUAGAAAUGAAAUAGAUGUACAAUUAUAUUUGUGAAUUGCUACUGAAUAAUUUUGAUGGGUUGUUCAAAACAGGAAAAGAAACGAAAGAAUAGGUGAGAAAAUUUUUCGGAACUAAAAGGAAGCUUGAAAAAUGAAAAAAUACGAUAUUAAUAAAGAUAGAAAUUUUUAGCGCUGUAAGAAGCUUUUGAGCGUUAUAAAUUAUUCCACUAUGAUUAGACGUAUUGGGUAUAAUUUAGUCGAUUAUACCUAAUCGUAGUUAAUUAUAUUAUGAGAUUUUGAAGCCUCGAAUCAAACGAUCUAAAACAGCUAACGGUAAUUAUAAAGCUUCGACUUACGAAGAACCGAUUAAACUUAGAUACUGAAAAUUCGACCAGGAAAAAGAAAAAUGGAAGCCUGACAUAUGAAAUUAAAACGAUAUAAAUAUCCUUCCCUUUCCCUGAACAUCGAUCGACUUUUCAUACUGUCGUAUUAUGAUGGCAACAAAAAGAAUUAUGAAUUAAUGACUUUAUCAAAGAGAAAAAAUUAAGAAAAAAUUAAUGGAAUCUUCUAUAUAUUUGUAAUAAUAUAAUAUUAUAAAAGCAGAUGAAUUGAGAUGGCGAAAAAACUCGUAGUACUGUACUAGAGAAUUGAAUAGAAAUCAUGAAUUGGGAGGGGAAAUGAAGUUAAAAUAAAAAAUAACCUAAGCUUAAAAUAUGAAUUGUGAAGGGGUACGUAAAAUUCAAUACUUAUUACAAUACGUAACAAAGUUAUAGAAUAAUAUUAUUGUAAUAAUCGUAAUUACUACAUAAUAUGAUGUACGAUUACAUGACUUAUCGUUAAGCUUUCUUAUGCAAUUUCUCUACCACUUAUAUAUACAUUUGACGCACGACUUUUUCGAAAAUAAAACUUUACGAUAAACGCUC